GCUAAACAUGACAUUACAUGUUCGAGUGUUGUGUUACGGUGAUGGCUUUUUAUUGACAAUUCACCUGAACAGAGACAGACAGACGACGCAUGUGCGUCCGUGCACACGUAUUUCCGUAUAAUACAUGGUCUGUAGUUGCUUAGAUAUCAUGUAGACCAGUGAUUAAGGUGUUGGACUCACGAUCACGAAAGUCGUGGGUUCGAUUCAUAGAUCGGGCAGUGCACUGUGUCUCUGAGCCAGAAAUUGGUUGUUUUUGCAGAGCUCUGACAUGCUCAUCUGUAAAUGAAGAACCAGCCGACUGCUGGUGCCACACACACGCUCUCUCUCUCUCUCUCUCUCUCGUCACAUCUUUGAUAUUCUACAAGGCCAAGGAUGAACGGACCAACAGUGGUGGCUCUACUCACCUAAAAACAAAGCAAACGUGGUAACAGCUGCUACAAAGUCGUAUUCACUUGCUGAGAAUAUGGAUAAGCAGCCUUUUUUUGUUUUUCCCUUUCUCUUAAAUAACACCAACGUACACACUGGUGUUUGUGUCGGACGACCGUAGCUCAUAAAAGCCAAAGGAUCGAGAUUCCAAAUCUUGCUAUUCUUUACACGGUUACAUUACCAACACAGCCCUGUUCGCUUUGACCAAACAAGCUGCAGAGGUGCCAUCUUAUUCUUUGCUAAUUCCAUCAAAGCAAAUAAUGAUGUCAAAUGAUGCCAGCAGAAAUCAGAAUGGUAGAGAUACUCCGAGUAAUUCUCUCUCAAACAGCCAACAACAGUCAUUCAGUUCUUUGGAAGCAGCUCUGCAGGGUAAGGUCUCCCUGCAGUCCCAAAGAAUGUCUGAGAGUUACCUCAUUAAACCUCCAAUGACGACAAAAGGACCCAGACGUGACCACCCAGAACGACCACCCCCACCAUCAUCAAUAUACAGUUCAACUGGUUUAACAUCACAGUUAGACAUUUCUGAAAAUCCUCAUCAAGAUGAUUUCCUUGUUAAUGUCGCCCGACCAAAGUCUUCCUCCUUGUCCAGGUAUAAACCACUGCCAGCCAUAAAACCAAAGUUUAUGACUCCUACACCCAGAGAUAUCCAUGUUAUACCAACUGACACAACAGUGGACAUGGAUUCUUGUCAAGUCAAAGAUACAGAAUUCUUCCAGCUCUAUAGAAACAAAAACAAACAUUUUGACACAGUUCUCAAUCAGUCAGCAUCUUCGAGAGGUUUGCCAUUAAACUUCCAUUUUGAAGAGAAUGAAAGUUUAUUUUCAGACACUGAAUCUGAUGAAAAAACUUCCAAUACCUUGCUGGUAGCACCAGAAUGUGUUGGGCAAAAUAUUCUACUGGCAGUAAAAUUACCCAACAGUCAGCGAAUUCAGAAAUGUUUCCAUCCAGAUGAAACUUUCCGAGCAGUGCGUCAGUUUGCCGAACAUGAGAGUGGGGAAAAUUUGUCAGACUAUCAGUUGGUUUGUAACAUGCCUCGGAUCCUGCUUGGUUUGGAUACCACAAUACGUGACAACGGACUUUUAGAUAAAACAUUGCUGCAUUUAGAACAUUCUGGAACAUUCAGAGAUCAUAAAUUACAACAUUGAAUGGUUUCACAAGGUUUAAAUAAACGUCUUAUACCAGACCUGGCUUUUGGCUCAGAAUGGAUGACGAGGAAUGACCAGUCAUGCUAUAGCUAAUAAUGGUGACAUAAGCCGUGAGCAAGACGUGAGCAGAGAUGACCAGACAGUUUCUAGGAAGUUUUGAAACAAUGAAAUCUUUUGGCAGAGUCCAGGUUUUGCUUGUCUAUAUUUGUGACUUUUUAUUUAGUAAUUUAAAAGUAAAAUAAUUCAGAAUUCUGUAAAUUUCAAAGAAUUUUAAAGGAAACAAAAGAAAAAACAUUAAAAUAUGAUUGUAUUUUGAAGAAUUCUUGAUAUUUCCAACAACUUUAGAAAAAUAUGGAAAUAAUCUGCCUUAUCUGCUCACAAUUUUCAGUUUUUGCAGCUUUAGUCUGGAAUAAAUCAGGAUUAAUUCCAAAGUCGUCAGGAAUAAACGUUUUACAAAAUUUUUACUGAAGUGGGCCCUGAACAAUUCAUUUUUCUUUCACCCCAAACUUGACAAAGACCCAUCUUUCUUUAGACAUUACACCUCCUGCUUUGACAGGAAUAUUUUUUUUUUCAACAGGAAAUUCUGAAUAAAGUUUGUCUAACCACUAAAAAGGUCUCCACACUCGAGAACGUAUUUCAAUAUACCUGAAGUUGUACUUCCUAUUAGGAGGACAGAAUCAGAAAUGCUGUUUUUUUUUUUUUCAAAAUAAAA